AAGUAAUGUCGCUGUUAUCGUUGCCAUUAACUGACAUAAAAAAAAAAUUUUAACCGGUCAUAAUAAAUAUUCAAGACUGUGUUUUUCGAAAAUACAAUUUGUAUGAUAAUUCAUGCCAGAGAAUUUCAACUCUGAUUCAAUUUUCAUAUUAAGUUUUCAUUACUUACACAUUCAGUGUUUCUUUAUAUGCGUGAAUAAUUUCUAGGUUAUGAGUGUAAUACAUUUCAUGCAUUUGCAAAAAUUGUAAAAAUGGUGCGAAAUUUGUCGAGAAACGGUCAAAAAACUUUAUUUUACGUUGGUUGUGCUUGUGUAGGAGCAUAUGUUGCUUAUCGUUAUUGGAAAAAAAGACUCUUAAAGAGCAUUGAUGAAGGUUUCGAAGAAGUUGCAAAGAUGGAUGACACCAAUGAAAGAAGAAUUCUUCUUCUCGGUUUGGAAGGAUCAGGAAAAACUUCUCUAAUGAAUCAAGCAACCGCUUCCAACUCAAAUAGUACUUACGUUGUUCCUCCUCCUCCCACUCAUGGAUUUACUGUUUAUCGAUUAGGAAAUGGACAGUACACUUACAAUGUUUGGGAAAUCGGAGGAGCGGAAGACACGAAACAGUAUUGGAAUAAUUUCCUACAAGACACUGAUCUUUUAGUGUUUAUGGUUGAUGCUUCUUCAGAUUUACACAAAUUGUCCAUCGCCGUAUCGACAUUUAAACAAUUAUUAGGAGACUCGAGAAUCGACAAUGUUCCUAUUUUGGUAGUCGCUAACAAACAGGAUGUUUCAAAUGCACUGAGGCCAGAGGAAAUAGCAGAAGCGUUAGAUCUCAUUAGCAUCUCUCCUUCUAAACACAAAGUCGAAGUGAUUGGUUGUCAAACUCGUCCCUUACCUUCUAAUCUUCCACGAGGUACAAAGGAAUAUACUUACCAUCACCCUUCCGUUGAUGUGGUACAGAAAAAAAUCUUCGUCAUGGCGAACUCUUAAAAUAACUUUUCUAUAUUAUAUAUAGUUUAAAAAUGAAAAAAUACCUAGAAUCUACAUGUGCGUUAAGCACUUUAUUUUUUUAUUAAUCGUUAAAUCUUUGAUAAUAUUUUCGUCUCAUCAUGUAUAAGUAGUCAUUUGUUAAAUAAUUUAAAACUCAACUUCUAACAUCGAUGUUCCUAACACUUGAUAAAAGUACAAGAUAAAAGUUUUUGUUUCCAAAUUUUUUUUAGCUUUAUUACUUUCUAAUUCCUUACAAAAAAAAUAUUUAAUAAGUUUAACAUUUCACGAACGAAAAUGAAAAAAGUUUAAAAACAAACCAUUUUUCGAAAAUGAAAAUCUUGAUAGAAAAAAAUAUAUAUAGAUGAUAAUUAAAGUAUAUAUAUAUAUAUAUAUAGGAUUCAUUUGAUUUCUGUGAUAUCUUUGUGCACACUAUUCUAUGAAAAUUGUUAAAUCAAUGUAAAUACAUAUUUAGGAAAAGAAUAAACUUUCCACGAUGUAUAUUAUACAAAA